UGCAAGCAAGAUCAACAAGAACCACAAGUUGUGUUUUUUUGUAGUUCAUUACAAUUUUGUAAUUUAAUUCUGAGAUAAAUAAUAAUUCAUACGUUAUGUACGCAUGAACAUAGCUUUUCUCAUUACUCGAUAUGCUAAAUAUAUUUCAUGAUGUGGACUACAAAGACCUUUUUGACCAAAACAAAACGCGGUAAUAUUUUGAAAAUUGUUAGAGAACAUUACCUCCGCGACGAUUUACUUUGUGGCUCAGCUGCGUGUAAUAUUUGCCCUCAUAAGGAUGAUGAGUUUGUAUUGGAGUGCAAACCAGAGAGCAUUUGCGCUUUGUUCGAUUACCCGCACUACUUGAUCCUCGACACCAAUGUGGUUCUUCAUCAAAUUGACGUUCUUGAAGAAGAUGCCCUGACUAACGUGAUAAUCUUACAAACCGUUCUAGAGGAAGUAAAACAUCAAAAUACUGCAAUUUUCCAAAGACUUCUAGAAAUAAUUGGAAACAAAAAAAGGAAGUUUUAUUCGUUUGUUAAUGAGCAUCAUAAAGAUACUUAUGUGGAGAGGAAGCCUGGUGAAAAAGCAAACGACCGAAAUGACAGAGCUAUACGUAAAGCUGCCCAGUGGUAUGCAUCACACAUAUCGGCUAACAAUGUCAGCGGGCAGUUCCCCAGGAUUGUAAUGCUGACUGAUGAUGAGAGUAACAGAAAGAUAGCUCAAGAAGAGGGGACAGUAUGUUGUUCUGUAAAAGACUACAUUGAAAAUGUAUCCGGAUUUCCUGGCCUUGUCGACAAACUGUCAAAAAAUGUGAUACCAGAAAGCUGUUCCAAGGAUGCCUUGUAUCCAGCCCACCUGACACCGGCACUGAUCCACGAAGGCAUCAGGGGAGGCAAGUUAUACCAGGGCACAUUUCAUGCCUCUCGGGACAACUUUCUUGAGGGCACUGUAAAUGUCAAUGGCUUCGAAAAACCUAUUUUACUACAAGGUCAUAUUGGCAUCAACCGUGCAGUGGAUGGAGAUGUGGUAGCCAUUGAGGUGUUGCCAGAAGAAGAAUGGAGAAGGCCCAGUGACAUAGUCCUAGAGGACAAGGCUGAGGAUCCUGGAGAUCUUUUAGAAGAGGAGGCCGUUCUCCUGAAUGCUAUUAAGCCUGUGGAUAACAAGGAUGAUGAUAUAACUCCUACUGGGAAGGUGGUCGGUAUUAUAAGGAGGAAGUGGCGGCAGUAUUGUGGAAUACUGAUGCCCAGCAAGUUUCCAGGGGCCACCCGCCACCUGUUCGCUCCGGCCGAGAAGCGAAUCCCGCGCGUGCGGCUGGAGACGCGCCAGAGCGCGCUGCUGGCGCCGCAGCGGAUCCUGGUCGCGCUGGACUCGUGGCCGCGGAACAGCCGCUACCCGCUCGGACACUUCGUGCGGGCCUUGGGCCCUAUUGGCGACAAAGAUGCAGAAAACGAGGUGAUAUUGCUGGAGCACGACGUCCCGCACGCUCGGUUCAGUGAGGCCGUGCUGGCGUGUCUGCCGCCCGACGACUGGACCAUACCGCCUGAGGAGAUAAAGAAGCGCGUAGACCUGCGCUCAUUAACUAUAUGUUCCGUGGAUCCUCCCGGCUGUACGGAUAUAGACGACGCACUGCACGCGCGGCCGCUACCAUCGGUCACGGCCGACGGACUCAAGAAGUUCGAAGUGGGCGUCCACAUAGCCGACGUCACGUACUUCGUGCGCCCCGACACUGCGCUCGACAAGGAAGCCGCGGCUAGGGGUACUACCGUCUAUUUAGUGGACAGAAGGAUCGAUAUGGUGCCUGAAUUGCUGAGUUCGAACCUGUGUUCGCUGCGCGGCGGCGAGGAGCGGCUGGCGUUCUCGUGCGUGUGGGAGAUGGACGAGAAUGCUAACGUGCUGGCCACAAAGUUCCACAAAAGCGUCAUAAAGUCAGCAGCGGCCAUGACGUACGCCGAGGCGCAGCUGGCGAUCGACGACAGCAGCCGUGAGGACGCGGUGGCGCGCGCGCUGCGCUCGCUGCGUGCGCUCGCGCGCGCGCUGCGGCGGCGGCGCGCGGCUCGCGGCGCGCUGCUGCUCGCCUCGCCGGAGAUACGGUUCCAGGUGGACUCGGAGACCCACGACCCCAUAGAAGUGCAAGCGAAGAAGAUAAUGGACACGAACUCCAUGGUGGAGGAGUUCAUGUUGCUGGCCAACGUGAGUGUGGCCGAGAAGCUGUGCGCGGAGUUCCCGCAGUGCGCGCUGCUGCGGCGCCACCCCCCGCCCCCGCCCGCCAACUUCCACAACUUCCUCAAGGCUGCCAGGCAACAGGGUUUCGAGCUAGACGUGUCGACCAACAAAUCGUUCUCCAAAUCUCUCGACUCAGCCGUCAUCCCCGACCGGCCGUUCUUCAAUACAUUGCUUCGUAUAAUGGCCACCCGAUGUAUGCAACAAGCGGUCUAUUUUUCCAGCGGAACAAAGAGCCAAGAGGAAUAUUACCAUUAUGGUCUCGCCUGCCCAAUUUAUACGCAUUUUACGUCACCUAUUAGAAGAUACGCGGACGUGAUCGUGCACCGCCUGCUGGCGGCGAGCGCGGGCGCGGACGCGACGCACGCGGCGCUGCUGGACGGCAAGCGCUGCGACCUCACGUGCGACAGCCUCAACUACCGCCACCGACAGGCGCAGUAUGCCGGACGAGCCUCUGUCGCUCUCAACACUCAUAUCUUAUUCAAGAACCGCGUGGAGAUAGAAUCUGCGGUGGUGCUGGCGGUGAAACGGAACGCAUUACAGGUUCUCAUUCCCAAGUACGGGCUCGAAGGACCGCUGUUCUUGCCAUCAGACAUGUUCACUUAUAACGAGGAGGACAACCUGCAAAAAUGCGGCGACGUCACCCUGAAAACUUUUGACGAGCUAACGGUUCGUCUUAGCCUCGACAGUUCCAACCUACAACACCGCAAACUUGUCUUCCAACUAGUCGAGCCACAUAUCCCAGGUUUUAGCUACGUUCCUGAAGAGAAAGAUGAUAAAUCAGGGGAAAAGGAGGAACAAAUGGAAGUAGAUGAUGGUCCGGAGAAGAAGAAGAGGAAAGAAAAGGAGGCGCAUAGGAGUAAGAAAAAGUCCAAGAAGAAAUAGUACAGUGUACUAAUAAAGGUUUGAUAUCAA